AUGAGUCAUCACACUUUGAUCAAUUGUUUUAAACGUGCCAUUGAACCAAAUUUUUCAAACAGUCUAAAGAAAUCAUCAACACGAUCAAGUAUGACAACAGAACAGCAAAAUCCAAUUGAAAUUGGCGAUGUAAUAACUCGUUCACCAAAAAUGAUUGAUAUUACAUCUAAAAUUGUAAAACAAUUCAAUGGAAAUAAUCAUAAACAAAAUAGUAUGAUAACAAUUAGAUCAGCAAAAGCAGAAGUAUUUAUAUGUAUUGAUGAUUAUAUAAAGCAAUUUAUCCAUAAUCAAUAUAUGAUUACAGAUACUAAUUCAGAUAAGAUUAUUCAUGAUAAUAAUGAAAAUAAUAUUGAUGAUAAUAAUCAUACAAAUGAAUUAUAUGAACUUUUAACACCAAAAGGUGAUGUAUUUACAGUGGCACGUCUAGCUGGAAUACAAGCUGCUAAACAAACUUCUAAUAUUAUACCAUUAUGUCAUCAAGUGCCCUUAUCACAUAUUUCAGUCGAUAUUGGUUACAGAUUAGGUAAAAUUCAUAUACAAUCACAAGUAAAAGCAGUUGGUCAGUCUACCGGUGUAGAAAUGGAAGCAUUAACAGCUGUUUCUGUUGCUGCAUUAACAGUUUAUGAUAUGCUAAAACCGUUACAAAAAGGACCAAUUAUUAUUGAAAAAAUUGAACUAUUAGAAAAACUUGGUGGGUCGAAAGGCUCCUACUUAAAACUUGGUGCAUCGAAGUAA